CCCGGCGCUGCCGGCGGGCCCGGGAGGAGAUGGCACCGAGGCCGUGACUGCAGGAGCCCGAGCGCCCAUGCCCGAACAUGCAGUUGCUGUUGCUGGAGGUAUAACAGGAGGGAUCCUUUUAUUUGUUCUCAUUGGAAUAACUGCAUACCUGCUCUGGAAGAAAUUUUGCUGCCUCCUUUCUUAUGAAAAGCUCACCAGUCCUAUCAAAGUGACAAAUGCAAGUGCCAUUUUUCAGGAUCAGUCAACUUCCGCAAUUCAACUAAAAAGCACAAGAUCCAGAAGCAUUCCAUUUAUCAUUCCACCAACACUGCACGGGCGAGACUGGAUUAACCUGACGAACGAAGAACACGUUCAGGAAGGCAGCGACCCCUACGCGAUUCCUCAGUCCGGGCCACGGUCAUCAUUUCAUUCUUUGGCUGGAGCUUAUGUUGUAGGGAUCAUUAACCCAGAGCUGUACAAGUGUCCUGAAGACAAAAGUGAGACGGAUUUUCCUGAAGGCAACAUUGGCCGCCUCUGGUUCUCCAUAGAAUAUGAGCAAGAGUCAGAAAGGCUCCUUGUCUCCUUGAUCAAAGUCAGAAAGCUGCAGCUUCCUGCUGAUUCCUGUAGUCCGUUUGUGAAAAUCUACUUGCUGCCUGACGAAAGAAGCUACUUGCAGUCCAAAACAAAACGCAAAACCCUUAACCCACAGUUUGAUGAAAACUUCAUUUUUCAGGUUUCCAGUAAAACGUUGCUCCAAAGGACUCUGAAGUUUUUGGUUUAUCAUGUCGAUAAACAGAAGCGGCAUCAUCUCCUAGGCCAAGUUAUCUUCCCACUGAAAAAUGCAACAUUAACUGAUGACAACAAACUAGUCAUAUGGAGAGAUCUGGAGAAAGAAAACUUGGAGCCUCCUUCAGAGUAUGGUGAUAUCCAGUUCUCCCUCAGCUACAAUGACUACCUGGGCCGCCUCACUGUAGUGGUUCUGAGGGCAAGGGGAUUAAAGCUCCAUGAGGAGAGCUAUGCUGUCAGUGUGUAUGUCAAAGUCUCACUAAUGAACCAUAAUAAAUUCAUCAAAAGUAAAAAGACAGCAGCUGUUCUGGGAUCUCCCAAUCCAGUGUAUAAUGAAACCUUCCGUUUCAAGGCAGAUCAGACAGAGCUGGAUACAGCAAGCCUGAGUCUAUCUGUGCUCCAGAGUAUCAAGGGAGAAAAAACACAUCUGCUAGGACGUGUAGUAGUUGGGCCUUUCAUGUACACCCGCGGCAAAGAACUAGAACACUGGAAUGAAAUGAUCAGCAAGCCCAAGGAGUUGGUUAAACGAUGGCAUGCUCUCUGCCACAGCAUGUAAACAGCACAGUUAAAAAAAAAACCAACCUUAAAAUGGAAAACCUCUUACUAUCUUUCAUAAUCUAAUGAUAAAGGGUACAAAAUCUUUGACCAUUUUACACUCCUAAGUAGACAAGAAUAGAACAAGUAAAUUCUUUCCUUGCCCAAAUGCAAAGAGAAGACUUGGUCCCUGGUAGGCUGGAUCUCUAUCUUUCCUCUCUUCAAAGUAUAUUUCCAAUUUAAUUAAUAUGCAGCAGAGUAAACAAAACAGGAAGACAAUCAUGAUCUCCCAGUAUUAGUUAUUUUGACUAGUAAAUUCCAAUUCUUGGUCAUGAAUUCUGAGCACAAAUGAUCAUCCGUCAUGUGGAUAGAACCCAAAAUGACCUAAGAAUUGUCAGUGAUGAUACCAGGCCUAACUGUCUGCUGCAUUGCAUCGCCACGGACAGAGUAGCUUCACCAAAAGGGAUGGAAGCCCAGUAAGCAUGCCAAAAGAGACAAAGCCCAAAAGAUGUUGACUGACUACUAAAUUUACAAUUUAUUUAAAAUAGCAGCAUUAUAUUUCAAACCUCUUUUGAAUAGGAAUGGUGGAAAGCACCGAGUGUUUUUUGAUCAAAAACCUAGAAGCACCUGUUCACGUCCCUCAGCACAGUGUAUUUCUUGCAGUAAUUCAGUUAGAUGUUUUCAGCUGACCCCAAUGUACACCACUUUAUGUUGACACCAAGGGAGAAGCAUAAAACAAGUCCUGAAGUUACAAAUAAUUGGAGGCUUGCAGGAGUACUGGAGUACUCUAAGUAAUACAAGGGACCUGUCCUGUCCUUAUAUUUUUCUCCCUAAACACGUCUCUGCUGGAGACAGAGCACUGAUUACAAGAACCUUGGGUUUGACCUAGUAUGACCAUUCUUACGUUGGAAAUCCAAUUAGCUUAAGCUCCCAAGACAUAUGUCUGUUUUAGUGGUAGAGUUUUCUUCGUUAAGUAAAUUACUGUUCUGUAAAAUAAUUCAGAGCAAUUAUUUUUAAUCAAAAUAAAAUAAAAUAGGAAAUUCUUCUCUUCUUGAUUGUUCACUGGGGACCUGAACUCUGUACCUUUCACGCCAUACAGUCAUAAACCAGACACACAGACUAUUGCAGCAAAACAUUUUGUACAAUUAUGUUCUAAGAGAACCAUAAUCUCUGCAGCUGAAAUAAAGCCAACUUCCUUUCAAACAGGAUACAAUAUUAAUUGAUUCAAUGUAUUAAAAAAAUGAGGCUUCUCUAGAGAGAUGAGAACAGUUUCCAUUUUGAUAAUAUUGUUACUAUCUAAAGGAAACAUUAAUGAGAAUAUAUCUGAGAGGAAUUGUAAGAUAAUAGACUCCACUUCACCUGAUCCCCCAUUUGAAAUGUUACAUGGUACCCUCAGUCCGUCUUGCUAACUGCACCACUGGAUAUAAGAUAAGCCUAGACUCAUUACAUUUAAUUGAAUUUUACAAAAUGUUCAGCCCUUGUUAUAUCUGUUAAAUGAGUAAUGCCAGCACCCCCAACCCCAAAGAGCUAUUUUCAAAUUUUACUCCUACAAAACCACUGAAAACCAAUCUAAUAGGCAACAUGGUCGAUUUGGGAAGGAAAACUAUAUAUAAACUCUAUGAUAACUAUAUUACUAUGAUAAAGCAAUUUAACCAAAUACAUUAUGUCCCUCUAUGAUUUAAAUCACGCCAAUAAACAUUAAAGAUCUUAAAAGUAAACUGUUAAGAAUGUUUCAGACAGUUUGGUUUACUAGCUUGUGCAGGAAGAUGCAUGUAACGUACAAUGUCUAGUAACAUAAAUACCUCUAAAAUGGGAAGUCAGUCACCUGUCUGACUUGAUGUACAGUAUGGUCCAAGUAAUAAAACAAUGCAUUGUACUAUUGUGGUCUCUGUUCU